AUGUACACCACCGUUCGAGCCAUUGUGCACCACCACCCCUCGCCCCACCACCACCACACCUUGUCCCACCACCACCACCCCUCUCCUCACCACCACCCCUCGGGCCCAUUACCACCUUGCCUUGGGGCCACCCCCACCACCACUCACACCACAAUCCCCACCACCGGCACUCCUCUCCCCACCACCAACACUCCUCUCCCCACCACCACCACUCCUCUCCCCACCACCCCUCGUCCAACCACCACCACCCAUCGCCCCACUACCACCGCCCCCACUACUACCGCAAUCCCCCAGCAGUGUGUGCAGGACGGAGUGGCGUACCCCGUCGGCGCCUCCGUGCCGGACACGGACGACGACCCCUGCACCUGCUGUUGCUACUGCUCCAGCCCGGGGAACAUAGUCUGCGCUGAGGUGAAAUCCCCCCGGAUGUGCUUUUCCCCCGAGCCGCCGUGCGUUGACGCCGUGUACGUACCCGACCCGACCCAGUGCUGCCCCACUGAUUACCACUGUCCUAACGGUCCGAACUGCGGGUAUGGAGGCCAGAUCAUCCCUGAUGGUCAGUCGAUGGACAUGGACGACGGCAUGUACUGUUCCUGUUCCGGUGGCGGCUUGCCAUGGUGUCGCCCCACCACCCCUCGCCCCACCGCCGUCACCCCUCGCCCAACCACCACCACCACUGGAACCACAAACAUUGCAUAACGUUAAUGUUCUUGCUUGAUCAUCGUCAGAAUAUACACUAUUGAAAGCAACAGAAUAACGUGUUUUGUUUUCAUGCUUUUCAAUGUAUAUUUGCAUUUAGACUUUACAUAAAAAAUCUA